AGCAGUAGAGGUUACACCAGCUGCGACAGCUACCACACUUUCACUGGCCCCCAACGCUCUCACAGGUUGUAUACGUGUAGUGGAGCACGAAACGUGAAGAUGCCACUGAAGUUACUGAUGCUUCUGGUGCCACUGGUGAUAGGGAUCUCACCGUCAUUCACCGUCACCUCGACUGCUCUCUUCAAUCGCACUGGACAGAACGAAAACUGUGGAACGAUUUUCAAGAUAGUCAAUGUGCCUUCCCUCACCAUUUGUGCUGCUAUUUGCAAUAAGCAUACGAGGUGUAUUGGGUUUGGGUUUGGAACUCCUGGUGGAUCUAAAACAACGUGUGAGAUGGCUAAUGAAACUGUCAGUUGUGUUCCACAAGAUCAUUACAAUUUUUAUCAGAUCAUUGGAUAUACAAACACGACUCCACCACCAGAUGCCGCAACAUCAACUAAUGUAGGUGAGUUCACUCACAGACCAAUUACAGUGUUAAUGCCCUGCUUUAAGACUAUCCACAUUUGACAAGGACUGUUUUAUAAUAAGACUGUGUAAAGUAUAAAUAUACAGGUAAAAGACUCAGGGCAACUAGCGAUAAUGGUGGAACUAGCUUUCUGUUCUAGUUCAGAGGAGUAAUAACCGUUGUAUUCUAAGUACGCACACCUCCUCUCAAACACAGAAUGAGAUUUUUAUAAUGAAAAUUUUGACAAGCAAAUAGUAAAAUGUACUUAUAAUGUAUCCUUCGAACCUUAUGAUUUUAUCUUAUCUUUGAACCAUCAAGGAACCUUUUCAGUCUUGUACAUAAUAGUACUUAAUGAAAGGGGGUAAGGCAGCCGGGAUUGAUGGGAUAAAGAUAGAAAUGUUAAAAGCAGGUGGGGAUGUAGUUUUGGAGUGGUUGGUGCAAAUAUUUAAUAAAUGUAUGAAAGAGGGUAAGGUACCUAGGGAUUGGCAGAGAGCAUGCAUAGUUCCUUUGUAUAAAGGCAAAGGGGACAAAAGAGAGUGCAAAAAUUGUAGGGGGAUAAGUCUGUUGAGUAUACCUGGUAAAGUGUAUGGUAGAGUUAUUAUUGAAAGAAUUAAGAAUAAGACGGAGA